CAUUAUAACUUUAUUAUCCAAACACAAUGUCCUCUUUUUCCAUGGCAAGUUGCUUCAGUACUCUAUAGAUCAAGUGGAGAGAGAGAGAGAGAGAGAGAGAGAGAGAGAGAGAGAGGAAGAAGAAGAAGAAGAAGAAGGAAAACCAGUACAGCAACUCAGAAUCCCCACUGAGUCGUCACUUCCAUUGCACAGAACGGUACCACAACACAAAAGUCCCACUUCCACCGAUCGAGUUCACAGCUCAGGCAGUCCUAGUUUAGCUUUCCAGGGAGGGAGGUGGGCGUGCACCGACUCGUCUUCCUCUCGGGAGUCCAGAAAAGAACAGCGUAACCACAGCAAUCGAUAAUAUCACGAGACCUGCACCCGUUGCAGCUCCUGAGAGAAAAGCAGAGGUUUGGAUGCAUGGGAUUCCUGCACUUACCACCUUUUGAGAGUUGCAUGGGACCUGCACUUGCAGUCCUUUUGGGGGGAAAAAGAAGGAGAAGUUGGAUUCACGGCAUGCACUCCAUUAAAGCCGGUCAUCAUCAUCAUCAUCACCUCCCCCAACGCAAACAUGCCCACCAUGCAUUGAUUGGUCUCUCGAUGGGACCUUGCGUGCUCUUCCACCUUCUCAAGUAACAACUGAUGACGAGAACUCAGCUCGGCUUCCACCUUCUCAAAUAAGACUUCAAUGGAAGACCUCAAUGGAACUCGGUGAAGACUGAAACGGAGGAAGGAGCGUUGCAGCGGGAGUUUGGGAUCCAUCACCACGCUGGAGCAAGCUAAUCUCCUUCCUUGUCCCCUCUUGAAAUGGACUAGAUAAGCAGCAAUAAGGUGGAAGCUUUCUUCGUCUUUUCGAUUCUCCCCACGUGACGCGGAAGACGCCAAUGGCGGCGGGCAGUAAACUGCGGCGGCGGGCUUCAGGCGGGGGAUUUCUUCCCUGUUAGGUGGCAGAGCGUGACCUGGAAUCGAAAUGCUUCGAGCUUCUCUGGCUCUUGGGACAUUGCAUUAGAUCUCCUCUCAGACUAUCUCAAUUCAGUUUCCUGGUUGCUUCUCCUGAUUGCAAGGAUCCUGCAGUUUCCAAUUCUGAGAUUCUCGAGCAUCCAUAUGGCAGAUUUGCCUUUUUUUCUUAGCGUGCAUAAAAUUUGUGUCCAUUUCUUUUAAAGAGGUUGGCGUGAUUCAGUGAACACUUUCUGUUAUUCAGCAUUAUCAUGGGUACUUGUGUGUCAACAUUAAACAGAAGACCUAGAUCUCGGAAGUAUUCUCUCCGAUCAAGAAAAUGCUGUAGGAAGAUUUCUACAUCAGUCUCCGAUGCACCUGCCCCUAGGAAAAAUGAUUUACCAAAUCAUUUUGCUUGCAGUCAGAUUGUUCAUGUUAAGACUGCUGCAACAACUCGCCGGAAAUCUGAGGUCUCAAAUCUUGCAUUCCAUCUUACUCAAUUGCAAUGGCAUCACAGCCUGAUGGAGAGAAAAGUGUUAUGCCAAGAAGAAGUAUGGUUUGAUUCUGUCAGCAUUUUAGAGUCUGAAUCUGAUGAUGACUUCAGUAGUGUUUGUGGAGAUUGUCUUUCUUCAAUAAAUGGUUCGAUUGGGACCCAAAUGCUGCAAUAUGAAAAUGCUUCACUCUUAGUGGAUGCUGUAUGCAAGUUUGAGGAACUUCUUGAUACCACCCCAAUUGCUUUGGCAGUUGAACAACACAUUGAAACAGAUGAGGGCAAAUCUGGAAAGCUUUUGAGCAAUGAUGAAUGUGAAGAUGCAGAUAGACUUGAGAUUGUAAAUCCACAAGGGUCUGAUAUUCAGUUGGAAAAGGUUGAUGAAGCAAAACUUAGAAACCAGACCGAAAGUUGUACCAAAAUGAAAAAGGUCUUAGAGGAUAUCUGCGGUAGCUUUAAAGGUUUAAAGGAAAUAAGACAUGACACGGGGGAAAAUUUUCGUGACAGCGCAUUGAAGCAGUUGUCUUCGUCAUGUGCACCUCAUUUAGUUCCUUCCAUCAGCUUUAACGAUAAAAUUCAACAGUUUCCUACUACUAGCCCACAAUGUCAAAAGAGGAGGUCAGCAGUGAUCAGGGUUUCAGUUAAGCGAAAAUCCAAAGAUGGAGAUGAAACUACUGAAUUUUGUGCUUCAAAGAAAUACCUAUAUCGGCCAAUAGCAGGCUUGUCAGUUCCAUGUUCAACCAGCGAAAAACCAGCGCAAGGAUGCUGGUCUACUCUUGAACCUUCAUCUUUUAAGCUUCGAGGGGAGAGCUAUUUCAGAGAUAAGAAAAAAUCGCCUGCUCCACAUCAUACCCCAUACACUCCAAUCGGUAUAGAUUUGUUUUCAUGCCAACGUAAAGUAAAUCACAUUGCUCAGCACAUUGAGCUUCCCUCUAUUAAGGCACAGGAGAAAGUGCCCUCUCUGCUGGUUGUCAAUAUUCAGCUUCCUACUUAUCCUGCUGCUAUGUUCCUCGGUGAUGGCGAUGGUGAAGGGAUGAGUCUUGUACUGUACUUCAAGAUAUCUGACAAUUUCGACGAAGAAAUUUCUCCCCAGUUCCAGGAUAGUAUUAGACGAUUUGUAAAUGAUGAAAUAGAGAAGGUUAAAGGGUUUCCGAUGGACUCGACCACUCCUUACAGAGAAAGACUUAAAAUAUUGGCUGGGUUAGCCAACCCUGAGGAUCUCCAGUUGAAUAGUGCAGAAAAGAAACUUGUCCAUGCUUACAAUGCGAAGCCGGUGCUUUCACGCCCUCAACACAAUUUUUAUCAGGGUUCGAAUUACUUUGAAAUUGACCUAGAUGUUCACCGGUUUAGCUACAUAUCAAGAAAGGGAUUUGAAGCAUUUAGAGAACGAUUGAAACAUGGAAUACUUGAUCUGGGUUUAACGAUUCAGGCACAGAAACAGGAGGAACUACCAGAGCAUCUCCUGUGUUGUGUGAGGUUGAACAGAAUCGAUUUCGUCAACCAUGGGCAGAUUCCAGCACUCAUGACGGUCGACCACGACAUGUAGCUGGUUUGAGGAUGUGGGUCAACCUUGGAAGCCAGUUGCCUAGCCGAGAAAGAAAUCUAACAAGUCAAAUGACCUCUGCAAACACACUAGUACUGUGCAAUGGCUGGCCAAUUAAUUGAGAGCCCAAACACAAGAGUUGCAUUGGCAUCAACUGAUUCACACUGGCCAAUGGCAUUCAUGCUUGGAAAAAGAAAGAGAGCCAAAGAUGUGGUCUAACAAAACCUUCAAAGGAAUGGUUUAUGAUGAGAUUUAUAUCUGAUAGAAGCCACAAGUCCAUCUUAAACAUGUGUUGAUAAUCAAUCUUGUUGAGGAGAUGAGUAGUACUCCUGAUAUUAUCUAGUGAAAAGUGAAGACCAACUCUCAGUUUUUUUUAGCUAGACAAGUAUUUGUCUUGCACAAAGUUGAAAGAUCCAUGUAGCAGUCUGGAUUUGUGUAUGCAGGUGAAAGCCAUAAGUUGGACACAUGACAAUAUCUAUCCCAUCUUCCUAUAUUUCUUUUAGGAAAAAAGACAAAAAUGUGGCUGCAAAAAAGAUCAUCUUGUCCCAUUUUGGUGUAAUCUUGUCAUCAUCAAACAAUUAUUAUUUUGUUGUUGUUGUGGUUAUUGUUAUCAUUAUUAUCAGACCAA